ACGUCACACUCCCAUUUGCUGCUCACGCACUACACCAUGGGCAAUUGACAACCCCCUCCCCCCACGCACUACCAUGGGAACACUCUUAUUUUGUAGCACAUGGGUAUUUACAAAAAAUUAACAAUUUCCUACAAUUAACACGUGUGUGGGUCGACAACGAUGAGAGCGACAAGAGAACCUCUAGAUCUGAAAUUCAAACAAUUCAACGGCGACCUCCUCCGAAUGGGGGGCGGUGACUACUGCGGCGGCGAUGACCCUUCUCUUAGACGGCGGAGACUUGAGCGACAAUGGCAGGUUCAUGGGCGAUGGCACUGGCUCACGAUGUGGAUAGAAGACAGAACAAUACCAUCGUCUAGGUUAUCAGAAAAUAGCAAAUUAGCAAGCUGAUGUAGCAAUGGAGGAGGAACGGGAAGGGCAACCAUUUGCCUAUAUCAAAGGCUAUUUUCAAGGAUAGAUAGAGCAACUUACUCAUUUGAUAAAGAACUUCAACAUGAAGGCAGAGAUUGGCAGAGAGUUGCAGCGCGAUUUGAUUUGAAGCAGGCUGCAGGCCACUAGGCAGAAUUUGGAGUCCAAGUCUUAUUUUUUGCAUUUGAAAAUUCAAAGAGAACUGCAUCAACCUAAAGUGAUUGAGAAAUUUCUCAGUUUGGGUUUUUUAUUUCUUGUAAUCGAAAUGGGGAUUAGUGUAUUUUGAGUCAGGGCAGUACACAACCUGCAAAUGUACCAAUUUACUCUAUUAAUAAAAGAACAAUUCUUUA